AUGUCCACCAACCGGCGCCUUGACACCAGCGCCCCUUCCUCACCACCUAGGGAUGACAGUGUUGAGCCUAUUGAUGCCGAGUUCAAGCACAUCAUGGAAGAGGAGGCCAAGGCCCGCGCUGCUAAUGAGAAGAAGACCAAGGCGGCUAAGAAGGCACAGAACGCCAAGAAUCGCCGCAAGAAGAAGAACGAGCUGAGCAAGGAGGAGAGGCAGAAGAGAGCCAGGGAGCUCGAGGGCCUGCUGGCCAGGUCCGCCGCUUUCAGUGACAUGCUUGUCACCAAGACCCAGGCCUUGGGCCGAGUCGGAACCGGUCUGGAAGGCGAAGCGCUUGGAGACCACAAGCUCGCCAUGGCAACCCAACCCAAGCUCAUGACCGGCGGCGAAAUGCGUGAUUACCAGCUCGAAGGUCUCACCUGGAUGGCUGAGAUCUGCAUCCAAGGCUUGUCUGGCAUUCUUGCCGACGAAAUGGGUCUCGGCAAAACCGUUCAGACAAUCUCUCUCAUCGCUCAUACCAGAGAGCAAAACUACUUGGGCCCCCACCUCAUCGUUGCACCCCUGAGCACAUUGUCCAACUGGAUGGAUGAGUUCGAGAAGUGGUGCCCCAGUAUCCCCGUUGUGCUGUUUCAUGGCGAUGCUCAACAGCGCGCAAAGAUCAAGAAGGAACGCCUCGACCCCAACAUGAAGAACGGGAUGCCUACCAAGAAGUUUCCAGUCGUCUGCACUUCAUACGAAAUGGUUCUUAGGGAAAGAGCUACUCUAGCAAAGUUUCAGUGGGCUUUCGUCAUAAUUGACGAGGGUCAUCGUAUGAAGAAUUUCGAAUCCAAGCUGUUUCAGGAGCUCGAGAACUUCACCUCUGCGACCCGACUCCUCAUUACGGGCACGCCACUUCAGAACAACCUUAGGGAGCUCUGGGCUCUUCUCCAUUUCCUCAUGCCAGGCAUCUUCAAGGACUGGGAGGCUUUCGAAGAGUGGUUCAAUUUCGAUGAUCUACAGGACGAGGAGGGCACCGAGGAGUUCAUCGCCGACCGCGAGAAUCAAGAGUUGAUCAAGAAGAUCCACGUCAUUCUCCAGCCUCUUCUUCUUCGUCGGGUCAAGGCAGAUGUUGCCGCCCACCUCCCCAAGAAGCGCGAGUACAUCCUUUUCGCCCCGAUGACCAAGGAGCAGACGGACAUCUACAAUGCCAUCAACGAUAAGAAGGUCGACACUCGCGCGUACCUGGAGAAUAAGGUCGUCGAGCGGCUCACUGCUACCAUUGGUGCCCCCGUCGAGAAGGGAGUGGCCGCGGUCAAGGAAAUAGACAUUCCCAUCAGAAGCAGUCCCAGAAAGUCAAAGACGAAGGCGACGCCCGAGUCAAAGAAGCCAAAUGCCUUCGCGGCUAUGAUGAGCCGAGCUAGAAGUUCGUCCAGCAAGGCCGAAAACGCAUCAAAGGAUACGUCUACUAUCCCUUUCAAGACAUCAUCCCGCGCUAGCUCCAAGCGCAAAGAGGCACCUGCCUCCGAGACCCCACAGGCGAAGAGCGCCAAGUCGUCUCGACACUCGACCCCUUCUACUACCAGCCGAGGCCGGGUUACCCGUGGAAGACGCCGCUAUGUCGACUCCGAUCCCGACGACGAGGACAAGCUUUCCGACGACGAGUUUGAGGCAAAACUGGCAAGGGAAGCCGAGGAGGACGACAGCGAUGAUAAGACCAUUGUCAUGUCUGCCGAGGAGCAGCACCGGGCCAAGAUUUUGGAACAGGCCAAGAAGGAGAUGAGCGCGAAGAAGCUAGGCAAUCCUGACAUGCAACUUCGCCUUGUGUGCAACAGCCCACACAAUUUCUUUGACCCUUGGAGCUAUGAAGGUGCUCCUCCGGUCGACGAGAGUAUCGUCACCUCUUCUGGAAAGAUGCUCAUGCUCGAUCGACUCCUGCCAACUUUGUUCGCCAAGGGUCACAAGGUGCUGAUAUUCAGUCAGUUCAAGACGCAGCUCGACAUUCUCCAGGACUACUGCGAGCUUCGCAAGUGGAACGCCUGCCGUCUUGAUGGAUCCGUUUCCCAGGAGAGCCGUCGUGAUCAGAUCAAGGAGUUCAAUGAGAACCCUGACUUCAGGAUUUUCUUGCUCUCGACGCGCGCCGGCGGUCAAGGUAUCAACCUCGCUAGCGCUGACACUGUCGUUCUCUUUGACAGCGACUGGAAUCCGCAGCAGGACCUUCAGGCUCAGGACCGCUGCCACCGGAUCGGUCAGACCCGCCCCGUCAUCGUCUACCGACUUGCCACCAAGGGCACUGUCGAGGAGGAGCUCCUUCUUAGCGCUGAUGCCAAACGUCGCCUCGAGAAGCUGAUCAUCAAAAAGGGCUCGUUCAAGACAAUGGGCCAGAAGGUGAACCUCAAGGAGGACCUAGACAAGGAGACCCUCAAGUCUCUGUUGUUGAAGGAUGGUCAGAUCUUCAACCAGUCGGGGGAUCACGAGAUCCUCAGCGACAAGGAUCUGGAGGUGCUUUGCGACAGGAGCGACGAGGCUUACGCCCAAGCCGCCCAGGGCACUGCAAAUGCCGAUGGGUACAAGGUUAUCGAGACAACCUCCGGUGGCAUCACCAUCGCCGGCCAGGACACUGUUUAA